AAUAAAGUACACGUUAGUCGUUAAUCAUGCCCAUUCCCGCUAAAAUUCCCAACCAGACAAAAAUCCUCCAUAUAGUUCCACUCAAAUAAAAUAUUAAAAAUAAUAAUUACACUAACUGCCACUGUUAUCCAAUGGCUUCUCUUCAAUCAAAUCCUCGAUUUUACUGUUACAGGCUCGGCUCUUCUUCUUCUUCUUGCAAGAACCGGACGUUAAAUUUUUGUCGCAGCGGGUUUAGGUUUCCGAUACGGUUAAACCCGAAACACAGGGUUUUUGAACCGAGCAGGAGUGGAGUUAGGUUAAUUACUUGCUCUAGCAAAGUAAAUAAUAUUAGCGACGCUGCUAUCACUUCAAUUGAUAAGGAGCAAGAGAAUGAGAUUGAACGACCUCGUUUUGAUAUUAGUCUUGCUGUCAUUCUUGCUGGUUUCGCUUUUGAAGCUUAUACUGAUCCGCCUGAAAACAUUGGUAGGUGGGAAGUUGAUGCUGCUGGUUGUAAAACUAUUUACCUUUCAGAGGAAUUUGUGCGAGAGAUAUACGAUGGCCAGUUAUUUCUGAAACUGAAAAAAGGCUUGGAUUUGCCCGCGAUGGAUCCAUGGGGAACGAGUGAUCCGUAUGUGGUCUUGCAGCUGGAUAGUCAGGUUGUCAAAAGCAAGGUUAAAUGGGGGAAAAAGGAACCAACUUGGAAUGAGGAUUUCACUUUCAACAUUAAGCGGCAUCCAAUAAAAAGUCUUCAGGUUGCAGCUUGGGAUGCGAACCUUGUAACUCCACAUAAACGCAUGGGUAAUGCAGCCAUCAGUCUCGAAUGCCUCUGCGAUGGGAACUUGCAUGAGGUGUUGGUGGAAUUGGAAGGGAUGGGUGGUGGUGGGAAAUUGCAGCUAGAGGUCAAGUAUAAAACUUUCAGUGAAAUUGAAGAAGAAAAGAAGUGGUGGAGGAUUCCCCUUGUUUCAGACUUUCUACGGAAAAAUGGUUUUGAUUCUGCAGUGAAAAUGGUUGCUGGCUCUGACACGGUUCAAGCCCGUCAAUUUGUAGAAUAUGCUUUCGGCCAAUUAAAGUCAUUCAAUGAUGCAUAUCUUCCUAAGAAUCAAUUUUCAAAAAAUAAUGGCUCAGAAUCUGUUGGGAGUUCCAACGAUUCUAUUGUAUCAGACAUUCCUUCAGAAUUAGAGAACAUUUCAGAAGCCUCGUUGGACAACAAAAAUUGCGAUAUAGAGAACGUGUCAGAACCUUCUUUAGGUCACACAAGCGGUAGUGAAGAAAAUGAUGCGUAUGGUGGCUCAGAAAACGGAUAUGCAGCGGAGUUGGUGACAAAAGCUGGUGGGAGUAUGCAAUCAAAUAAACAAUUCUGGAAUAACUUGGCUGAAAUUGUGAAUCAAAGUAUUGUCCAGAAACUUGACCUCCCUGUUUCUAUGGAAUUCAAGUUGGAUGGAUUUGACUUAUUAAACAAGAUUGGAUUGCAAUCACAAAAGAUCGCAGAAGCAGGUUAUAUUGAAUCAGGCCUUGCAAUGCCUGAAGGCCACGGUGUCGACAGUGAUAAAGCAAGUAACCAGCUGUCGAUUAGCACGCUUCAGUCCUCACUUCCAGAUAUAAAAAAGGCAACAGAGGAUUUACUAAAGCAGACUGAUUCUGUUUUAGGUGCAUUGAUGGUUUUGACAGCAACAGUUUCUAAAUUAAAUAAAGAAUCCGGCCUCUCAGAAAAUACUUCUUCUGCGAAUGAGAAAUCUAUUCGCUCUCUGGAUGUGCCUGCAUUUGAUGAGAAGAAAGCUGAAGAGAUGAGAGCACUAUUUUCAACUGCAGAGAGUGCAAUGGAGGCUUGGGCAAUGCUUGCUACUUCCCUGGGCCAUCCAAGUUUUAUUAAGUCUGAAUUUGAGAAAUUAUGCUUUUUAGAUAAUUCAUCCACGGAUACACAGGUAGCAAUCUGGCGUGAUCCUGCACGGAAAAGAUUAGUUGUUGCAUUCAGGGGGACGGAACAAUCAAAAUGGAAGGACUUGCUGACUGAUUUAAUGCUAGCUCCUACUGGCUUAAAUCCUGAAAGACUCGGUGGAGAUUUCAAGCAAGAAGUUCAGGUGCAUAGUGGUUUUUUGAGUGCAUAUGAUUCUGUCAGGGUAAGGAUCAUUUCCAUCAUCAAACAUGCAAUUGGUUAUAGUGAUAAUGGAGCUGAACCAGCAGUGAAAUGGCAUGUUUUUGUUACUGGUCAUAGUUUGGGUGGUGCAUUGGCCACCCUCCUUGCUCUUGAACUUUCAUCAAGUCAGCUAUCUAAGUCUGCUGCCAUUUCAGUGAGUAUGUAUAACUUUGGAUCUCCUAGAGUUGGUAACAGAAGAUUUGCAGAACUCUAUAAUCAGAACGUUAAAGAUACCUGGAGAGUUGUGAACCACAGAGAUAUCAUACCAACAGUUCCUCGUUUGAUGGGAUACUGCCAUGUAGCGCAGCCUGUUUAUCUAGCUGCUGGAGAACUAAAAGACGUUUUGGAAAAUUUGGAGCUGUCAACAGAUGGCUAUGAAGUUGAUUUGAUUGCGGAGUCAACACCAGAUGUUCUUGUACAGGAAUUUAUGAAAGGAGAAAAGGAGCUGAUUGAAAAAAUUCUGCAAACUGAAAUCAAUAUAUUCCGCGCUCUUCGAGAUGGUACAGCACUAAUGCAGCAUAUGGAGGAUUUCUAUUACAUCACAUUGCUAGAGAGUGUGAGAUCAAAUUACCAGACUGCUAGGAGGCUGGAGAGCCAUGAACAAGAUAGGAUUUCGAAUAGCUAACAAGAUGGUAACAUCUGAAUGGCAGUAGCUGGGGCAUCGGGCUUGUAUGUAUAUAUCUCUUUACUAUAGUUAUUAUAGAACAGCACACUGCUUUCGUUAGGGACCCUAGAUUGCAAGUCCCUAUAAGAAUCUCAUAGGAAGAAUACUUGUAAAGGCAUAUGGAAACAAUAGAAUUGUACAGCUUCUUUUACCCCUUUUUAUUCUCUCUUAAGAUAGUAAAAUUUUAGGCGUGAUAAUAUAAAAAAUGAUGCUAGAAAGUAGUUUCCAUAUAAUGUCACUGGAAGAUAUUUGUGGGUUCGAUACUUCGAUCACAUUCUCUCCUUUUCUUCUA